AUGCGGAUACGAAUGAAACAUUAACGAGUAAUACUUAACAAUGUUAUUUCCAUGAAGAAUCUUCAAAACUGUAAAAUACCAGUGCAAACAAGAUGUUAUUGCUCAUUAUUCUAAGCUUAUUCCACUGCGGUUCCAAUAAGACGACGCGACUAUGCAUGUAUACUACACAUACGUCAAUGCGAAUAUCUGUCCAGCGCAAUAAACUUCUCGAUUGCUUUGCACAGAAUAUCGUACGUAUGUAUCGUACGUAUUCUGUGAACGGAAUGAUUCGCGCAACGUUGACUUAAGGAUUUUUUUCUUAUAUGAUCACCGCAUCCUAUAUCAUACGUUUCCCGCCAACCUGGCAAAACAUGGCUGAGCCUGUGUCGUUUCCCGCCAACCAAGCCCUCGCACUGAGCACUCGUAUGGCACACCUCGGUUGUGUACUGGUACAAGUUAAUUGUGUUUUCUUGUAAUUUAUCUCAAGUUCACCGACGAAAAUGGGACAGUCGGACGACCUGGAAGACUCUAUUUAUAAUCGGCACCAAGAUCUGUGUCAAAAAUUGAAUAUGGAUGCGACCGCCGCAUCCGAAGCCUGGAAAUCUUACGAGACUAUUCGACAAAAUUACACUCUGGAGGGUGACCAGUUGCAUUGGAUAGGGUGUGCAUUGUACGUAGCCUGCCGCAAAUCGUCUAUUCCUACUGUUGGAAAAACCGGCACUAACGUGGAAGGCAAUUGCGUUUCGCUCACACGUCUAUUACAAUUGUGCAAUCUACCGUUGAUACAUUUCUUCACGAAGAGUAAGUCUUGGGCGGACAUGGCCAACAUGCCGCAAGAUUUUCGGUCCAAGAUAGAGAAGCUCGAGGCGAACUUCGCUGUAUCCAUGGUUAUAUUCAGAAAGUAUCAGCCAAUUUUCACGGACAUAUUCAAAGACCCGGCGGAUGAUGUUUCGAGACCGCCGAGAUCUCGAAGGCACAAGGCGAUGCCUUGCACUCCCGCGAGAGUGUUCGAGUUCUGCUGGACGUUGUUCGUCUGCGUAAAAGGAGCGUUCCCAGAUAUCUCCGAUGAUCUGGUCAAUUCUUAUCACCUCCUCUUGGUCUGUUGCGAUCUUAUAUAUGGCAACGCUCUGCUGGCCAACAGGAAAGAUCUCUUAAAUCCUAAUUUCUCUGGUUUGCCGACGAAUUUUAACGAUGAAGAUUACACUCCGCCUCAAACGGCGAACUGUAUAGUCAGUCUGUUGUGUGAACGUCACGAAGCAAUCGCGGUCGAAGCUAAAGUAAUUAAGGAGUAUUAUCUGAAGAAUCAUAUCGACAAGCUGUUCAACGAGAGAGUGUUGCGUGGGGACCAGUCGAACUUCUCUGGUAUUCUGGAAGCUUUGAAUUUCGAUGGCAACAACAAGGCCGUCAACAGAGUUUAUGAACAACACGUGCUCAGUGUCGGAGAUUUCGAUGAGAGGAUUUUCUUAGCUGAUUGGAGAAGAAUAAGAUUGAACGGAAUAUCGAGCUUGGAAGUAGUUGGCGGGGACCUAGCUUGCCACGCUAAAUUGUCUAAACAUAUUUCGCUGAGAGGCCACGAUGCCAGUAAUAACAUCGGCUCUCCCACGCAAAUGAUGAACGUCGGCGAUCUUCACGAGCAAUUUCAAAUAAAGAGAGAACAGUACAGCGGGCAAAUUCAACAUUUAGCGCCAACCACGCCGUUGACCGGACGCAGUUACCUCAGACCUCAGAAAGAUAUUACCAACGUGACGCCGGUGUCCACCGCGACGCAGAGCGUGAUCCGCCUUCAGGCGAUGCUGGCGGGCCAGACGUCGUCCAGCGAGAGUCUGUUGAAAAUUCUGAACGGUUGUUCCCAGGACGUGAAAACGUUCGUCGAGACGAAGGUGAAAGAGCUCGGAGAAUUGUUCUGCGCCAGUUACAAUAAGAGCUCGAACGUGAACGAGACGAGCUCGGAUUUCGGGAGGAAGAGGCUUUACCUCGGCCAGACCCUUUUCUACAGACUCUUAGAAACGAUAUUGAACGACGAGAAAGGGAAGAAACCGAACUACGACGUAACGAAUCUAUUGACGCAGGAGAUCUUCAUCCAGUGUUUGUUCGCGUGCUGUCUAGAAAUCGUUAUUUACUCGUACAAAAGUAACGACAAGGUCUUCCCGUGGAUUUUGAACGCUCUCAAUUUGGCCGCUUAUCAUUUCUACAAAGUGAUAGAGAUCAUCGUCAGAGCGGAGGACCAGCUCUCGCGCGACGUCGUCAAGCAUUUGAAUCAGAUAGAAGAAAAGAUCUUGGAGUCACUCGCGUGGCAGAGCGACAGUCCGUUGUGGGCCGCGAUCGAGUCCACGUCCAGGGGUGUCCCCAGCUGCGAGGAAGUCUCUUUGCCCGGGAUGCUGGACACCGUCGAUCCGAACGUCCCGGGGCAGCCAGUGUUGAGAAGAAUCGCUUUGGAUCGUGGCACUCAUCACGACGUGCAACAAAGUCCCAUCUCUUCUGCAUCGGAAAGAUUCCAGUCCCCCGUUGCGUCUUCCUUGGCCAAGAAACGUCUGUUCCCCGACGCCCGAGUCGGCGGCCAGAGCAUCCUGCGAGUGACCGGUCAGAGCGUUCUACCAGCGUCGAAGCUGCUGACCAUCGACGGUAACUCGAAGAUACUUCUGGUGCCGGAGCAGAUCACGGUUCCCAGAUCGUCCGGCUCCAUACAGGCCGCGUCGACUCCUUUGCAAACCGUGACGGUCAACCGGGAAGCGGUAAAGUCGAAGCGAACCGGUUCCGUCGCGCUCUUCUUCAGAAAGUUCUACAUCCUGGCCAGCGUACGCAUGCUGGACCUGUGCGGAUCGUUGGAGAUCAUGGACACCGAUUUGAAGAAGAAGAUAUGGACGAUCUUCGAGUAUUCGAUCAAAGAGAGAACGGAGCUGAUGAAGGAUCGUCAUCUCGAUCAGAUUUUGAUGUGUGCAAUUUACGUGAUAUGCAAACUGGCGAAGAUGGAGAAGAACUCGUUCACCGAGAUAAUGCGAUGUUACCGAUUGCAACCGCAGGCGGAGUCGCACAUUUACAGAUCGGUACUUAUAGCGAAAACGUCGUCGUCCGGCGAGACGACGCAGAGCAGCAACGAGGAGACACCGAGGGAGACGUCGGAACAGGAAACGAAACCGGCACCUCCGACGCCCACGAACAUGGCUGGAACGUCGCAGAAUUUCGGCGAAGAGACGCGCGGCGAUUUGAUCAAGUUCUAUAACACGGUCUACGUGCCGCAGGUGAAAGAGGUGGCGAAUAAAUUGGGACUGGCCCGCGGGAGUGUGAUGAAUCUCUCGUUGAGUCCUCUGCCGAAGGGGAAACCACCCGCGAGUUCGCCGGUGAGACGGGUCACCAGUAGUAUCAUGACCCGUACGCUGGACCCGAAGGCCAUCUCGGCUUCGCCGGCGCCGCAGCUCAGCUACUGUUUCAGUCGUAGUCCAGCCAAGGAUUUGGAGGCCAUUAAUAAGAUGAUGAUCUCCGUGGAUCCGAAGAAGUCCGUUGGCAAGCGACUUUUAGCCGACGAAACCGACGUGGAGAUGUCCGAGGGACCGUCACCGAUUAAAAAGACGACCGUGAUUGCGCGCAAAAUGGAUAUUAUAAUUGGUGAACGGCGCACACAGAAUCACUAAAAGGACGCCGAGCUAGAUCGUUAGAAGGGAGGAGAAAUUUCUUUGAACAGUCGAUCGGGCUAUUAGUUUCGAGGAUGCAUUAUUCUUUCUUGGCUGUGCGGCUUGAAGUGAUCGAUGUUCGUUUUGCAUGCACAAUUGUGUCAGGAGCAAACGAGCCCGACACCUCGUAUCGUACGUAAGUAAAUACGAUACUGUUACGUUGGGAAAACCGAAGCCAGGGUUAUAUUUCCAGUGCUUUCUCCUGCAGUUGAAAGUAUUUCGAUCGAACUACCGCGUUCCGAGACGUAGAGAAAGUAAUUUGGGCAUUUUCUUACUUCUUUUUUAGUUGAUAGUUCCAUUUUAAUCUUUCUAACGUAGCCUUGUUCACGUUAUGUAAGUAUUUUAUUGUCUCAUAUGAGAAAAGAGUGAUAAAUCGUAGUGGGCACAAAUGAUUCAUUUGAGUUCUCUAUUUAUCGAUUUCGAUGAUCAACCGAUACUUGGAUCCAGCUAUCUACUCUCCGAGCUAGUGUGUAACUUGUGAUUAUGAUGUAUGUACGUUGAAUUUUUGUAACAGUUACGGCCAUAGGUAGACGGUAAAUGAAAGUUUAUUUUUUACCAGUAGAUUUAAGCAUGCUGCGAGGGCAAUCGGCCCCUCGAUCGAUGGGCGCGCGAACACGAUUUUGGGUGAUAUUUAAUUCGAGUUGCUAAGAAGGAAAUUUGUCAACAUGUGUUUUUCUCUGUCCUUCGGACAUUACGAUAAGUUAUUCGCGUUGCUCGAUGUUUAAUUCGUUUAGUCACGCGUAGCGGUGCGUAUUUUAGACUUAAGCUUUUUCAAAUUCGAUUUUCUGAUCUCAUUGAGUCUGUCUUUUUUUAUUACGAACGUUAACGCUGUUAACGAUUAAAGUAACAUUGAAUUUAGGAAACGUAGGAAGAGAAAUUUUGCUGAGACGUGCGGAACAAUUUCUCGUAAUGAGUCAUUUCUAUGUGAAAGGAUUCCCGGGAACGGAAGUCGUGAUGUAAUUAUAGUAUACAGACAACGAUUUGUUAACAUCGCUGUUACAUGCAAAUAAUGAAUUUGCAAGGUUUUUGUAAUUUCAGUCAGGCGAUGAUACAUGAUAUGUAUGUAUGUAUGUAUGUAUGUAUGUAUGUAUGAAUGUAUGUAUGUAUGUAUGUAUGUAUGUAUGUAUGUAUGUAUGUAGUACAUACUUCGCUUCUACGCAAUUAUGGCAGUUCCUCUAACGACUUCUUUUAGAUAAAAAUUGUAAAGAAUUUUUAUUGGCUUGUAAUAAUUAUUGAAUAGUUUAUGCGUACGUGUACAUAGUAUUGUAAUUCGCAAGUAAAUUAGAAAGAAUAAAAGUCGGAAAUUUUA